GAAGCAAACAUUCCAAGGAUGUCGUUGACUCUCCUCCCCGAGCACUUCCAGCACAUCGUGCGUCUUAUGAACACGAAUGUGGAGGGGAAGCGCAAGAUCCCCUUCGCGCUGCGCAUGGUGAAGGGUGUCGGUAUCCGCUUUGCCUACCUGGUGUGCAAGAAGGCCGGCAUCGACGUGGAGCGCCGCGCCGGCACCCUGAUGCCGGAUGAGCUCGACAAGAUCGCUGAGAUCAUCGCCGACCCCGCGAAGUUCAAGAUCCCGGACUGGUUCCUCAACCGUCAGCGCGACCCCAAGACCGGCAAGACGGAGCACCUGUCGAGCUCGAUGGUGGACACCCGCCUGCGUGACGAUCUGGAGCGCCUGAAGAAGAUGCGCGCUCACCGUGGUGUGCGCCACGCCUACGGCCUCCGCGUGCGCGGCCAGCACACGUGCACGAGCGGCCGCCACGGCAAGACCAUCGGUGUGUCUCUCCGCAAGUAA